AUGGAACAAAAUAUUAGGUUUAUCUUUUUCAUCAAAAUUUUGCUGUUUGUCCUUUUAAUUUGGAUUUGUCAUUUAUACAGUGACAUGAGCAGGUUUGAUAAAUAUUUGGAUAAGAGGUAUAGUUUUUGUAAAAAAUUAAAUAAGCGAAUUUAUCUAUUGUUAGGAAAAUGUGAAAAUGGUAUUUUUUCAAAUGUUGAAGAUUUAGAAUUAAAGAUACCAUAUAAUACAAGAAAAAAAAACAGAAAAUUACUUACAGUUAAUGAUGAAAAAUGGGACAAAGAAAAAAAAGAAAAAUUAUAUAGAAGCUCAUUAUAUAAGGAAAAAUUAAUUAAGAGACUUAUGAAAAAUAAAUGUACCAUGUUACAUAAAUCAUAUAAUCAUUAUGAGAAAAAAAUAAUGAAUGGACUUAAUGAUAAAGUUUUUUUUAAAAAAAUGAUAUUAAUUAAUGAUAAGGUUUACAAAAAAUUAAAACGUAAAAAAUAUGGAUUACGACUUUGCUUACUUUUAUUAUUGUUCAUAUUUGUAUUAAUUUUACCUAUAUUGGAUUUAUCGUUAAGUAAUUCUGAAAAUUCAUUGUAUUUAUUGUCAUUACUAUGUCAGUUAUUAGGAUAUAGUUUAACAUCUGGUACACAGCCUCAGUUAGAAGGAGGUGGUGCAUCUGCGCCAGAUUCUCAAUUGAGUUCUUUUUGUUCAAGUGAUCCAAGUAUAUCAUUAAAGGUAUCUAGUAUUCUAGUAUAUUGUAUACCUAUUUUAAUAAUGGGUAUUAUGCUUAUAAUAGGAAUUUUUUAUUAUUAUAAAUAUGUUAUAAAACAUAAAAAGAUUAAGUCAAUGGAAUUGUUCAAUGAAUAG